AUGGGUCCAGAGGCCGUCGGACUAGUCCCGCUGGUCCUGUGCCUGGCUGUGGCUAUCCUCUUGGGCCAUGCAGUGCACGUGCGACGCAUCUUCUUCCUCACCGAGGCGACAGUGUCGCUGUUGUCCUGCCACAUCUUUGCCAACUUGUGCUGCGUGCUGGCGCCGGCUGCAGUGCUGGCUUAUUACAUGAUCUUCUUCGAUGUGCUGCUGCCCCCAAUCAUCUUCAAUGCGGGGUUCAGCGUGAAGAAGAAGUCUUUCUUCCGCAACUUCACCACCCUGGUGCUGUACGGCGUGCUGGGCACAUUCAGCACCUCGGCGCUCAUCGCCACAGGCUGCUACAGCAUCCUGUCGAGCGUGGGGCUGGACGGCCACCUGGUAGCCGACAGCCUGGCGCUGGGCACCAUCUUCAGCUCGACAGACAGCGUGGCCACCCUGCAGAUCCUGGACCAGGACACGGCCCCCGUGCUGUACAGCCUGAUCUUCGGGGAGGGCGUGGUCAACGACGCCACCUCCAUCGUGCUGCUGCGGGCGGUGCAGAAAAUCAGCCGCAAGUCUGAGCUGACCGCCGACACGCUGAUGCUCGUCAUCCUCAACUUCUCCCGCUUGUUUGUGCUCAGCCUGCUGCUGGGUGCAGGCGUGGGGCUGGUCAGCGCCUCCCUCAUCAAGCGCUCCUUUGUGCACCACUCAACCGAUCGGGAGGUGUCCCUGAUGGCGCUGCUGGGCUUCCUGGCCUACCUGCUGGCCGAGGAGCUGCAGCUGUCGGGCAUCUUCAGCGUCUUCUUCGCGGGGCUGACCAUGAGCCACUACACCUGGCACAACCUGUCUCCCUCGGCCAAAGUGGUCACAGUCUACCUGUUCCGCAUCGUCUCCUUCACCGCCGAGCUCUUCCUCUUCCUCUACGCCGGCUUCUCCAUGUGGAGCACCACGCUGUGGCAGGGAGACAUCUACACGCGGGCCAGCGCGAUGCGGACGGCAGGCCUGCUGGCGGCGGCGCUGGUGGUGCUCGUGUUUGCGGCGCGCGCCCUCACCCUCAUCCCCCUCACCCUGCUGGCCAACACGUGGCGCCCCGCGGGCUCCAAAAUCACAGUCCGCCAGUGGGCCGUCAUCUGGUGGGCUGGCAGCAUGCGCGGGGCAGUCACCGUGGCCAUGGCCUUCCAGAACUUUGGGCGGCAGAAGGAGGAGCCGACAGACAACCAGGUGCUGGUGGUGGCAUCCAACGCCGCCGUCAUCUUCAUCACCGUGGUGCUUGGAGCGGUGACCAGCACCCUGCUGGGGUGGCUGAUACCCAAGGACGAGCUGGCUCCCGCCAACACCUUUGCCACGCUGCCUUCCAUCCAGGAUGGCGUCAGCCCGCCGCUGCUGGCCACCGCGCUGCACUGGAACCGCGCCUCUCCCAUCUACCGGGCCUGGCACCACGUGGACCAGCGCUGGCUGCGCCCGCUGUUUGGGGGCCGCGCGCCGCACGCGGCAGGCUACCGCUCGCCGCCGCCCAGCCCCGGCAAGCGCAUCAUCCAGCGGGUGAUGGGUCCGGGCAUCAUGAAGCGCCUGGGCGCUGAUGCGCUGGAGGCGGAGGAGGAAAGCACGGCCCCCGGAUCCAGCCUGGCCUCCAGCUACGGCGCCGCCUCCAGCCACGGCCCCGCCGCUGCCCUGCGCCAGCCCCUGCUGGGUGGCAGUGGUGGCCACGUCGUGCCUCCGCCCUCGUCGGCGCCAGGGCUUUCGAACGCCAAGUCGGGCAAGCGGCGGCCGGACGCGUUCCGCCUCUGGCCGGCCGCCUUGGAGCCAGAGGUGCCGGCUGCAGAGGCGGGGGCUCGGUCGGCCGCGCCGCCACGCGCGGCGGCGGCGGCCACCCCGCCGCUGUCUGUGCGCAGCCUGGAGGCGCUGGACAUGCACCCAAGCACCGCGGUGGAAGAGCUGUUCAACUGCGACUCCAACCGGCUGGACAGCCUGAGGAGCCAGCAGCUGGACUGGAAGGACAGCAGGCAGUACGGCGAGGCGGCCUGGCUGGCGGCGGGGGCCCCCAGCGACAACAGCUCGGGGGCCUCUGGCUCGCAGCUGCAGCAGGCGGUGCUGGGCGAGGAGGAGGGGGCCGGGGAGGAGGCCGAGGGCGCUGCCAGCGGCGCAGGGCCGCCGGCGCGCGACUACGCCGCUCGCAGGUCUCCUUUCCAGUAG